GCUACGAUGGUAUAUAUAGAUUUGUUUGUUUUUUGAGACGAAAACUCACCAAAGCAUCAAAACGAAUUGAACUCACCAAAGCAUCAACAGAAAUGCAGGCAUCAAGGGCAAGGCUUUUCAAGGAAUACAAAGAGGUGCAACGAGAGAAAGCGGUUGAUCCAGAUAUUCAACUAGCAUGUGAUGAUUCCAACAUAUUUAAGUGGACUGCGCUUAUCAAGGGUCCAUCAGAAACUCCUUUCGAGGGUGGUGUUUUCCAGCUUGCUUUCUCUGUCCCCGAGCAGUAUCCGCUGCAACCUCCUCAAGUGCGGUUCUUGACAAAGAUAUUUCAUCCAAAUGUGCAUUUUAAGACAGGAGAGAUCUGCCUUGAUAUCUUGAAGAAUGCGUGGAGCCCAGCUUGGACACUCCAGUCUGUUUGUAGGGCCAUUAUUGCUCUGAUGGCCCAUCCGGAGGCUGAUAGUCCACUAAACUGCGAUUCAGGCAAUCUUCUACGUUCUGGUGAUAUCCGAGGGUACCAAUCCAUGGCAAGGAUGUAUACUAGUCUUGCAGCCAUGCCCAAGAAAGGGUGAAAUUAACAAUUUUGUUGCAAAUUUGUCUUGGCAAUUGCUAGGGUUUUUCUAUUAUUGUGCAUGUAACUAUUGCAAUAGCACCAAAAGAAAUUGUAGACAACUUAAAUAACAAUAUAAUUGUUUGUCAUGCUUCUCUA